UGAGCUCUCAUUGUGAUUGAACUGCGCCGGUAACCGCUGGACUUCCAUCUGCUCUUAUACUUUGUAUCUCCGUUCAUUCAUCUCAUGCCCAGUGCCACCUUCCAAGGGAUACAUUCACUCUGACAACUUUGCACCUAUUACACAAAGCCACAACUCCAGUUUUCUUUCAGGAAGUGCUGAAGGAGUAAGGAAUGCCACCAGUUGUGGAAAAACCUCUGGGCUCCUCCACCAGCAAUCCUCGCAAGAGGACCAAAUCCGACAGCCAUUCGGAAGAGGAGUUCAGCGAGGAUGAAGCACCAAGGGAUAGCAUGAUCAGAGUGGGCUCCGAUUACCAGGCACAGCUUCCUGAGUAUAACACGGGCAAGGCGCCACCACCUGACGACGAUGAGGAAAUGCAAAAUAUGUUGGUCUGGUCACCAAGCCACGUAAUACCAGGUACAAAAUUGGAUGAGUAUAUAUUAAUGGCAAAGGAAAAACAUGGCUACAAUGAAGAGCAGGCUUUAGGUAUGCUCUUGUGGCACAAACAUGAUGUGGAGCGCUCUCUAGCUGACUUGGCAAACUUUACUCCAUUCCCUGAUGAGUGGAGCAUCGAGGACAAGGUGCUUUUUGAGCAGGCUUUCAGUUUCCAUGGAAAAUGUUUUCAGCGCAUACAGCAAAUGCUCCCAGAUAAACCGAUUACUAGCCUGGUGAAAUAUUAUUAUUCCUGGAAGAAAACACGAAGCAGAACAAGUGUGAUGGACAGACAAGCUCGUCGACUGCAAAGCAAAAAGGAAAAUGGUCAGGAAGAUGUAGAAGAUCUGCACAAGAUGCGUGACCCAGAGGCAGAUGCUAAUGAUGCCAAGAAAGAGGAAACCCCCAAGCCCAUUUCAGGAGAGCCUAUCCCAGUCAAAAAAGAUCCCAUGGUUUCACCGUACCGCCAUCACCCCGGGCGAUCUCGAAGGAGGCCUCCUAAGGGCAUGUACCUUAGCAAAGGUGACAUUGCUGGAGUAUGUACCACUUCUGAAAUGCCAGCACUCACGUUGUGUCAACAGGAAACCCAACUUGUAUCACUGAAGCGCCAGGUUCAGAAUAUUAAACAGAUAAACAGCAGCUUUAGGGGAAUUCUCAAUGGAGGACUUGAUGACUUGAGGCCUCCAGAGCUGAAUAUUAAACUUAAUUCGCGGUGGACUACAGAUGAGCAAUUGCUGGCUGUACAAGCUUUCAGAAGAUAUGGGAAGGAUUUUCAGGCCAUCUCAGAGGUUCUUGCUAAUAAGACACCUUCACAAGUGAAGACCUUUUUCAUUGGUUACCGUAGACGUUUCAAUUUGGAUGAAGUAGUUCAGGAGUGGGAAGCAGAGCAGGGAGUGGAUUCAUCUGCAGCAUGCAGUGAUUCCACCAGUAAGAGCACUGCUUCCUCCCAAAUAAGCAGUGAAGAAGACGAUGAGGUACAAAUUACAUCUGUUUCUGCCUCCUCCCAGACAGUAACAACAACUUCAACUGCCUCUACAACUGCUGCUGCCACCAUGUCCCUACCGCCCCCAUUACUGAGACCAACCAUUCCUUCUGUUCCUAUACUUCAUCGUCAGCCACCUCCGCUCCAGCCGGGACGUCUUCUCCAAGCUCGUCCUCCACCUCUUGUCCGGCCAGCUCCCCGUCAGAGCCCACGUGCACCUCCUGCUUUAUUGGGAAAUCAUGCAGAGACCACCUUCUCCUGAGGGAUCUUAAAAAAGUUCUGUUCAUAAGCAGUGUGUUAGUUGGGAGGGUUUAUUUAUGGGAGGAGUAUUGGCUUUGUAAUAAAAGACGUGUACAGAAUUGUCAGAACAGUAUUGAACAAUAAAUGGGCCUUAUGUGGAGCUGGUGCUAUAAUAGUAUAAUAGUUGUCCUAAUGGCAUGUAGAUUGAUGAAUCUGAGCACAAUGCCAAUUAUCUUUUGGGGUUUUUUUUGUACAGUUAGGGGUUCAGGGUUUUUGUCUACAUGAUUUGACCAUCAGUGGAAGACCCUUAUAUCGUGGACUUGGAACAUAAACGGUGCUGGAUCAGAGAAAUCUACACCUCUUAACGUCAGUUUGGUGGCACAUGAUGGAGAUUUUCAAUUUGCACAUUAAGUGCCUACCUUUGACUUGAGAGGAUGUUGGAUUAGAAUUGUAUCCUGAAUUUUCUGCUCUGUGUCAGUAGACUGUUGGUGUGACUGAGUUGUGUGAUCAUACUAGAAUAUGCAUUCUGGAUA